AUGACUAAUUUUGAAGAAAAAUUUCUUGACGGUCCAAAUGUUGGUUAUUGUUCUUCUUCGGAUGAUGAACAUUCUGUGCCUAAAAAAGAUCAAGUUCUAACCAAAAACGCUUCAAAAUAUCAGAAAACAGAAAGAACUGGACCAAAAGGUGUUUUGGCUGAUUAUCAACUUUCUGAACAAGAAAAAUUUAUCGAACAAAGGGCAAAGGAGGCAGCGCUACUCAAAGAAGCGACUCGUUUUACAUUAGAAAAUCCACCAAAUAGACAAGAGGAGGAGGAGGAUGAAGAAGAAAUUGAAUUGAAAAGAAUUAGAGAGCGAAGAGUAGAACAAUUGAAAAGUAGAGCAAAGGGUCAAGUUGUAAAAAUCUCUGAUCGUUUUGAAUUUCUCAAUUUAAUUGAACAACAAUCUCUGGACAUUUUUCUUUUUAUUUUAAUUCAUCUUGAAGGAAAUGAACGUUGUGAACAUUUAAAUUUUGCUCUGCUUGAAUUAUCUGGUAUUUUGAAUAAUCAGGAAAAAAUGAAAUUUUACAAAAUUGAAAGUACUGUUUUGGGAACAACAAAUAAAUUUACAAAAGAAGCACUUCCAGUACUUCAAAUUUAUAAAGCAGGACAAUUAAUUGGAAAUUUUAUUUGUUUGGAUAAGGAGAUGAAUGAAGAUUAUGAUGGCCAAGAUUUGUUUAAAUUUUUAAAGAGAAAUGGAAUUUCUUUUGGUUAGUUGCGAGCAUUUCACUAUUUUAAUGGGAUGUAAAUGUUUUGAAUUUUUUAUGAAGGAUUUUAUUACUUUGAUGAUUUAUUGCUUUUGCUUACGGCAGAGGUGGGUCGGAAUUCCGAUUUCCGACUUUUUUCCUUCCGAUUUUCGAAAUUUUAUUAAUUUUGGAUUUCUGACACCUCUGCUGUUUCGACCCAAUUUUGAUUGCAACACUGGCUUCUUGGUCCUCCAAAAUUUUCGCAUAGGAAAUUUUUCGUAUAAGGCGCUGAAAAAUAUAAAUAUAUGUACAGAAAAUUUUCGCUCGGGACGAUAAAUUAAAAGCCGAAGGAAAUCCGA